UGGUCGUGAUUCGAUGAUUUGAUGAGGUAGGGUUUGGAAGUCGUGUGAGUAGGGUUGUCGGGGCAGCCUCUGGAGGUGCGGGGAGGAGGUUUGUGCGGUCGGAGAAGAGUAGGGUUUGGUGGUUGACGAGGGGGAAAGAAUGGGGGCGGGGACGAGGGCGGCAUCGGUCGGGCAGGAGCUGUUUCUGUAUGCCGUCAGUGCGGCCAUGAGUUGCUUGGUGUUGUUUGUUGGGCUGCGUCAUCUUGACCCGAACCGAGCUCAAAUUAAGAAGGCUCAAGAGCAGAAGAAGGAGAUUGCGAAGCGGCUAGGCAGACCUCUUAUUCAGACCAACAGCUAUGAGGAUAUGAUAGCUUGUGACGUCAUCAACCCAGAGGACAUCGAUGUCACUUUUAAUUCUAUUGGAGGGCUUGAGUAUGUUAAGCAAUCUCUUCAUGAACUAGUGAUAUUGCCUUUGCAGCGGCCCGACCUGUUUGCACAUGGAAAGCUUCUACGUCCACAAAAGGGUGUACUUUUGUUUGGUCCACCUGGUACAGGAAAAACUCUUCUGGCGAAGGCUAUUGCCAAGGAGUCACGUGCUGUUUUCAUCAAUGUCCGCAUAUCAAAUUUGAUGAGCAAGUGGUUUGGCGAUGCUCAGAAGCUAGUUACGGCAGUUUUUACACUCGCCUACAAACUUCAGCCAUCGAUUAUUUUCAUUGAUGAGGUGGACAGCUUUUUGGGACAGCGUCGCGUUACUGAGCACGAGGCUCUUACGAACAUGAAGACGGAGUUUAUGGCUCUUUGGGACGGAUUCACUACAGAUCAAAACGCGCGAGUGAUGGUUUUGGCUGCGACAAAUAGGCCUUGGGAGCUUGAUGAAGCAAUUUUAAGAAGACUCCCUAGAGCAUUCGAAGUCGGUAUGCCUGACAAGACACAGCGUGCUAGCAUAUUGGAGGUUAUUCUUAAGGAUGAACUAUGUGAAAGCUGUGUGGAUAUUGAACAAAUUGCGAGCCUCACCGACGGCUACAGCGGGUCAGACUUGACUGAGUUGUGCAAACAGGCAGCUUAUUUGCCCAUUCGUGAUUUGUUGGAUGAGGAAGGGUCCCAUGCUGAUUUCCAUUCCGAAGAUAAGGGUCCCAGGCCUCUUCGGCAAACUGAUUUUCUGAGCGUUCUGUCCAAUGCGCGAACGUCAAAAACUGCUGCUUACGAGUAUCAACACAAUCGUAGAAGUGCUGUGGGUGGAUCACCGAUGAGGUCCUCAGGUGGAUCCUCUGAUGAGCGGGAGGAUACUUCGGUUACCGACCUGUUCAAGCUUUUGGCUGCAUUUGGUGCUGCCAGUAGUGCUGCUAACAAUCGGUAAGUCUUGUGGAUGGAGAUCUGAUGAGGUCUUUGGAUGACCCUAAGCAGAUGAAGCAUUACAUUUUUGAUCUGUCCUUAGGAUGCAAACCACAAAUUGAGAUUCUGAAAGGUGUAAUUUUGGAUGGAGCAUAUUGUACCCUAAGCAGUGGUUCAUUGGAUUGAGAAGCACAUAUGCACGGCAAUCCUCUGUAUUAAGUUCAUGACUUGUAUACAGGUCAAAGGAUUUUAGAGUGUCCUUGUAUUAGGGACACGUGGUCCGUUAAUAGCCAUCUAGAUAUUUUGUGCAUUCAUAAGAUGUAGUUCGAAACUAGUAUUUAGAGAAAAUAGGAGGUCAAAACCACACAAAGGUCGGGCUAGCCUUUAACCUACUAUGAUCACUUCGGGCAAUUUCAAUCGGGUUGCAUCUAGUUUUCAGAUUAGGGUCUUUGUAGAACCUGCCUCCAUCUAUAAUGAUUUUUCUGCAGAGUCUUAUUUGAUAGCUAGUAUUUAGGAUUUCCUCUGAAGAUGCAAUGCAGAAUGCCUUGAAGAGAAUCAUUUGUAGUGCUUCAUCUGAAUUCGGAUAUUUCACCCCGAUUCAGAAAUGCUCAUUACUCCUGGCCAUCUUUAGGCUGCCCUUUUUUACUCAAGCUUUUACGAACUAAAGACGAAAGCACCAUCUUUGCUGUGCUGCUCCUCUCUUUGAGAUCUCAAAAGAUAUGCAAAUGAUAACAUUACAAAAGUUUGCUCCAGCUGAAACCAGUAUGAGCGUCUUUCUCAAAUUUGUGAGGCAACCGCCUCAAAUUAUUGGUAAAUGGAAAGAGCUUUCUAACUUUCGUUUUGUUGAAGGUUUCCGCUCUAUUUCCAGGCUCGUGGUAUAAGGUGGACACACUUUUUCUAAUAAACAUUUCUCUAACGAUUCUAAUCAA